AUGCAGGUUUCAGACCAGAAGCCGCUGAGCAGCUGGACGGUGAAACAAGGACAGACUCUGACCUGUUCAGCAGUCUACAACUCACAGAGCAAGGAAUAUGUGGCAGUCUCAGACAGCAAGGUGAUCAGAAUUUGGAAAGAAGAAGACAUACUUUUAGAUAAGGCCUUCAAAGCAACCGUGUCAUCAGAUGUCUGGAGGGUCCACUGCGUAGCUGGAGGGGAGCCUGUGGUCUUGUUCCAGAGAGGAGCUGUGAGGCUCCUGGACUCUCUCCUCUCUGCUCCCCAGCAGCCCAUAGAGGAAGUCCUGGCUCAAGAAGAGGCCAUUAGGUGGAGCACCAACAUAGUGGCAGAGUCACAGCAGUUUAUGAUCUUCACAACUGAACAGAAAGGAGAUCAUUUCCUCUACCUGCAGAGACUGAAUCCCAACACCCUACAGAGGUAUCGGCUGGAGAGAGAGGAGCCAGGUCUCUCCCCGCUCAGCUUCUCUGCAUCCUACAGCGACAAACACAUCCGCCUGCUUUAUCUCUACCCUAACGGUCAUGUGUACCAGAGUGUCAUCUCUGUGCGGGGCCUGGUGGCUGAUGAGGGGGCCCAGGCUCUUCCUCUGCCCCGCAGCCUGCUGCUGAGUCUUCCUGUCGGCGAGGGCCUGCUGGAGGCUGCGUCAGCUCAGGUCCUCGAUGAAGCCCAUGUAGCUGUGGUGGGGGUUCCACACCCCUCUGCCGGGGCUGGCAAAGACUUCCUCUGCAUCUGGAAUACCAAUUUCCAGACACUUCAGGCAGGAAAAGAGAUGGCGAGUAAAAUCUACGGACAGCUUUGGAGUUAUUCAAACAAGUUGUUAAUUCCACACGGGAAAACCCUCUCUGUUAUUCCAUAUGAGUGCCCCAAAUCUUCCCUGGCCUCUGCUCUGGGGAAGCUCAGGCAGGCCAAGACUGAAGAGUCCAAAGCUCCCACCUCUGUCCCAUCUUGGAAUAACAUUCUGCAUGAAGAGAAAGCUCAUCCAUCGAGGACAGUGGAGACCAGGAAGACGAGAACAACCCGUAAGAGCCAAUCAGCACCCGGUUUAACAAAUGAGCAAGUUCUGGAGCUCAUCAAGACAUUACCAGUGGAAGAGGUCCAGAGAGAGGUGGAGGGGCUCCUCUCAAGGACAGACAUCCAGGACUUGCAGCCCUCGGUGGGACAGCUAGCAUCGACCCUUGUGUCCCGGAGCCUGGAUGAUCCAGCCUUCUACACCCCCAGUAGCCUGGCACAGCUAGUGCACACGCGGUGCCUCUGCCACAGUGUGUGUCCUGACCUUGUGCUCCUGGCCCUGGAGAGGAAGGACUACUUCCUGUGUCAGCUCUGCUUGCAGUUCUUCCCUGACAUCCCGGAAGCUGUCACCUGUGCCUGCCUUAAGGCCUUUAUCAGUAUGCCAGACGUCGACGCAGAGAAAUUGAGCCUGGAGCCUGACAGUGUCUCUGUCAUGGAAACCCUCGUGGCCAGAGAGCGUGGCCCGCUCGGCUUGCAGAAUGGUUUCAGCCCCACAUCCGUUGGCGAGGACCGUUCAGACGGCCUCGGUGGAGGUGGCACCAGAGUAGAAGACAAAGAGAAGACCUCAUCUCCACCAGAACAGAGCUGUCCAGUGGGAUUACACAAGGCUGUUUUACUAAAUGAGAUCCUGCAGACGGCGUACAGCGACUCUUUCCUCCUCCCACACCUGAAAGAUCUCUCUUCCCAGCAUGUUGUUCUUUUCCUCCAGUACCUGCAAUUCCUUUACCUAAAAUAUUCCCAAGAUGCCUUCCCACAGAUGCAUGGAUUGAGAUCACCAAGUCUGGCUCAGAUCAUGGAUUGGGUGUGCUUGCUGUUGGACGCCCAUUUCACAGUGCUGGUGAUGACUCCAGAGGCCAAAGGCUUACUGCUGAACCUCCACAGCUUUGUGAAGUCUCAGGUGAGACUGGUUUCUGAGCUUGGAAAGAUCGAGAGCAGCCUCCAAGAGCUCAAUAAGAUGAAGGUGAAGAAGGACGUCGGACAAUACUCCAUCGAAAUCAUUGAGCUGUUUUAGAGUGUGUCUACUUUUAAUAAAUCAUUCAUCACGUUGUCUCCUUCCAACUUUUCACCUGUAGUGGUUCCAACUUUGUAUAAAUGUCCCAAAUGAUGUAAUAUGAAGUGCUUUUGGCACAGCUGCCAGCCAUCAGAACUCAAGAUGCACAAGUUUCACUGUAUAUGAAUUAUUGGUGUAAUUCAGGCAUUGAAUGAGUCGCAGGUGUCUUGAAACCAUGUAAACAUGUUUAAGAUGAUAAAACUUAGACAGUUAAGAUAAUAUAAGAUGAAUGAAAUGCUCAAUGCCAAAUUGGUUAAUAGGGGGUUUGUGACGUGCAAAAGCCGCCUAAUAUAACGGCGGUAGUGUGGGACUCUAUCUUUGAACGCAUAAUUGUGAAAGUGAAUGGCUGUGACUUUGUACAGGAUUUUCCACAGGAAAGCCUUUUAUUUUGAAUACAAAUAUAUAACUAAAACA